GGGGGGGGGGGGGGGCACACACCUCAGGUGAUGGUUGGUUCUUGCUUCCACAGAUGGCUCUUCCCAAUCAUCGGCCACAUGGGGAUCUGCACAUCCACUGGAGUCAUUCGGGACUUCGCGGGGCCGUACUUUGUCUCAGAAGACAACAUGGCAUUUGGGAAGCCAGUGAAGUACUGGAAACUGGAUCCCAGCAAAGUAUACUCCACCGGUUCCAAUGCCUGGGACACGGCUGUCCACGAUGCCUCAGAGGAGUACAAGCACCGAAUGCACAACCUCUGUUGUGAUAACUGCCAUUCUCACGUAGCUCUGGCUUUAAACCUGAUGAGAUACGAUAACAGCACCUCCUGGAACAUGGUGAAACUCUGCUUCUUCUCCCUGCUCUAUGGGAAGUAUGUGAGCAUAGGGGGAUUUGUGAAGACCUGGCUGCCCUUUGUCCUCUUCUUGGGGGUGAUUGUGACCGUGGUUCUCACUCUUCAUUUGCGGUGAUGGCAGCUCUGAACUCCCCAUUCCAUGGGCACCCAAAGGAAGAGACUGACCGAUGCAGAGAGGUGGAGGCCUGGCACUCUGGGAGGAGUUUUCCAGGGAAGGUGGCAGCUCCACUCUGUUGUAAACAGCUCCUCUUGAAGCUUCUUUUCCUCCUGUUUUUGUUCUGUUGGUGGCAUCUCCCAGCGGCAGGGCUUCCGCAGCCGCCUGCUCUCUCUCUUGCUGCAGUCUGGUAGGUGGGGACGCAGCCAGGAGAGGGGAGGGACGUGUGGGCACCUUCCUUUCAUCACCACAUACAGCCACAAGGCAAACCCUGCCUCCUGGUUCAGGAGCACAAGAUGCCCCUUGUAAGGUUCUCUCUGGUUGCUUCCUCUGAGCAGAGGUCAUCAGAUGCUUCCUCAGUCUGCACCAAGGAGCUGUUGUCUCCCUGUUGCACAUUUCCAGGUGGAGGUGUGGGGUUCCUCCUGGGGACGUCUGGUGCUGCAGCACCCCACUGGUGACAGGAAGGUGGUGAUGCUCCUCUGAGGAGCACUCUGUGGCAGGGCCAGUUCAUCUCGUCCUGCUGGGGAGCUCAGGAAGGCAGCAAAGUCCAUCCACCAGCUUGGUACGGUGCAGGGCAGGCUGCAGGCUUCCAAUGGCCUCUUGCAGAGCUGGGAGCCUCCUGCUGAGUCCCUUUUAGCUUGUGUCAGAGAACACAGAGCAUCCCUGCUUCUCCCUGUGCUCAGGGCAGCUCAGGUUGUCAUUACACUGCUCACCAGCCACUUUCCUUCCCUUUGCUCCCCUGCCCUUUGUGUGUUGCAGCAUUACUGAACCUGCAGAGGCGGCUGGAGCAGCAGGUACAUGUCUCUGGGAGGCUCAGGGUAGGGGUUUGAAAGCAUCCUGAGACCUGGGGCCAUCAGAGCUUAACGGAAGAGGUGAAGGGAUUGGAAGAUACCCAUGUUCUGGUUGGGUUUUGCAGCAUUAAACUGGGGCCCUGGGCUCCUUGUGACUGGUUCCAGGGUGGUGCACAAGCUGUGAAGUGCUUUGCAGGACUGGCUUUGAUGUGAGAGAUGCUGCUCUGGCAGCAUCAAGGGGCUGAUGGCCCUUCGAAGCCCUGGAUGGGACAGGACAGGUAGUAGGGGUAUAGCUCCAGGUCUCCUAUGGAGAGGUUCUGGCCUCAGAUGCUGCUUUUUGGGGGCUCUGAGCCAGGCAGCCUGUUACAGACAUGUGGCUUAAGGGUGAUGUGCAGUUGAGCAGGGUCCCCAGAAUGCAGAGGGAAGAAAACAGCUUUCCCAACUCCUCCAGCCCUGUGGGAGGGAUGGGAACCCCUCUUUGACUGCUCCAUCCCUGCAUUUCCUCCUUUUCCUCAGUCACCUUCACAUACCCCCUUCUCCUCAGCAUCCCGCUGUGUCACCUGGUGCUCCCUGUUGUGGAGUGGGUGAAGAUGCACAGACCUCACUGCAUGGACCUGGAGCUGAAGCAGAGGUUGGUGCCUGCUCUGUGCAGUCAUGCCAAGCCUGUGUGGAGAGCAAGCCUGAGGGCACUGGGCCUAGCGCUGAUGAGGAAGCCAAGCUCUUGAUCAAAGAGAACCUUGUGAUGAAAGGGUGGUGUCUGGAGGUGUCUCCCAGCUCCCCGGCCUCGCUCUGGUAAAGCACCCCAGGACGAGCCAGUUGAACAGGAGGGGUUGGUCCUUUGCCUCUGCUCUUGAUGUGAGUCUGAUUCCUCAGUGACCUGCCAAGGAUGUGCUCAGAGCCCCUGGCCCCAGGGCUGGAGCCUCUUACACCAUAGCAAUAACCUCGAGUCUCAGCGUCUCACACGUGGGGUCAGUGUGGUAUCAAUGCGAGCGUUGCCAAAGCUGAGACCUGGAGCUGAGACCGGGGCUGCAGCCACAUUCCCGGCUCCUGGCAUUCCCAAAGCUGCAUUCAGUGCCAUUCCCCACCUCCUCCUUUGCCUCCUCAUGCUUGAACCAGAGCUGGGUUCCAUUGGAGACUCCUCGAGCAGCAGCAGAUGGGCUCGGAGCAGGAUGGAGGCUGCUGGGGAGGAGGGCAGCGCUUCACCCAUGUCCUGGCUCUGCAGCCAUCCUGCUUCCAGCAGCAGAGAUGGAAGGAAUGGUGUCCAAAGGGAACACCAAAGCCCAGAGCUGGGGUACCACAAAGCACUUGGGCUGGUUGGGUUCUUCCUGUCCCUGUGACUGUGGGGAGUGUGCCGCUUCCUCUGGUGCAGGAGGUGGAUGAGGAGCAUCUUCUCCGUGCAGCUCCCCUCAUCUCACCACUGGCUCCUUGCAGUGCCCCCCUGCACAAGCCACGUUAAAGCUUCCCGCUGUCCCUCCCCUCUGCCCGUGGCUGUUGGGCAGAGCUCUGGCCUUGUGGUUGCCCUCCAGUCAUUCCCUCCUCCUCUGUUCUGCUGCCUGCGGGGCGCUGGAUCCCUCUGUCAAUAUUGAAACUGCUUCUGUGCUUUCAGCAUCCGGGGUGGGGAAUAAACUCGUUUCUGUGAUGUCUCCAA